AUGGGUGUCCACGUUUACGCAGAGGAGAACACAUCCCCUGUUGCUCCAUCGAGGCUGUUCAAAGCCCUGAUUGGCGACUCUGAAACCCUCAUGCCCAAGCUCCUUCCUCAGGUCGUCAAGUCCAUCUCGCUCCUCGAAGGCGAUGGCGGCGUUGGCUCCAUCAAGCUCCUCACUUUCCAAGAAGGGGUGCCGAGCAAGAGCGUGAAAACAAGGGUGGAUGCCACGGAUGCGGAAAAGUUCACUCACAAGUACACGUUGCUGGAGGGAGACCUGUUGGACGAGAAGAUCGAGAGCAUUUCGUACGAGAUGGAGUUUGCCCCUGGACCCGACGGAGGAACCAUCGGGAAGAUCAAGGCCAUCUACGUUACCAAGGGCGAGGAGCCGCCGACUGAGGAGGAGCGCAAGAAAGGGAAAGAAACCAGCUUGGCUAUGUUCAAGGUUGUGGAAGGUUACCUGCAGCAAAACCCAGAUGCCUACGUUUGA